CAGAGAGAGACUGCAGAUGAAAGAUCCAGGAGUCGGUGCAUACCAAAGAUCUUGGAGCGGUGCAUGCAAGAAACUGCAGCAACAAUGCAGUGCGAGUCCCUCUCGUUGCAGUCGCCCAUCACUGCCUUGCAGUUUGUGGGAGAUUUUAUCCUCUCAGGUGAAGGUGCCGGAGUCUCGCUCCACUUCUUGAACUCAACGAGCGGCCGCGUCGAGAAACGCAUUGGCGACGUGCUGAAGAACUACCGCGUCCACGGCAUCGAGACACGAGGCGGCAGCGGCGGGUCGGAGCCCACCGUGCUGGCAGUGUACGGCGGGAAGGGAGUGGCCGUGAUCGAGCUGGACGCUGGGGGCGAGGAGCCGGAGCUGCGGCGGGUGGGACCGCUGUACGAGCUCCACGACUGGAUCUGGGACCUGCGGUGGCUGCGGGCUGAUGAGCAGCCUGCCGGGCACUUGGCCCUGGCACUCGGGCACAACUCGGUGGUACUGUGUGACUACUGGUCACAGAGGAGCCUGCGGGAGGUCCACUGCGAGGAGAAGUGCAUCCUCUACUCUGCCCACUUUGUGGGAGGCUGCUGGGACGAGCUGGUGCUGGUGUCGGGCACCGUUUUCAAUCAGCUGGUGCUGUGGCAGAUGGAAGGGCCACUGGACCUGCAGGGCAGGGUGCGGGCGGGCAGGAGGAUCAGUGGCCACAGCGGGGUCAUCUUCAGCAUCGACUACAGGCAGGAGAGUGGCGUGCUGGCCUCGGCCUCGGACGACAGGAGUGUGGGACUGUGGAGGGUCGGGGAUCUCGGCCGGGGAGCGGAGGGAGAGACGCAGUGCCUGCUGCGGAUGUACGGCCACCAGUCCAGGGUGUGGCGGGUGUGGCUGCUGGAGGACUUUGUGGUCAGCGCCGGCGAAGACUCCGCCUGUCUGCUGUGGACUUACAGCGGGGAGGUGGCGCGCAGCUUUCGGGGGCACCGAGGCAGCCUGAGAGCGCUGGCGGUCAGUGAAGACCAGCAACGGGUGGCAACAGGAGGCGAGGACUCAGCCAUCAGGCUGUGGAAGAUCGGGGACGAGGAGCCAGAGGAUGUGACCGUAAUUCGACUCCAGUUGGGCGAUGCCGAGGGUGUGGGCAGCCCUAAGGCAUUGGCAUCGGUCGACCCGACCCUAGUGUUGGUCAUGACUGAUUCUGGCGGCGUCUACAGUUGCUGCCUGGUCUCUGGCAGGUGGAAGCUCCUGUUGGAAGACCAGGCCUACCGAUCCUACGGCCUGCUCUCCGCCGCUGCGCUGCCAAGUGGCUCGGUUCUCUGCGCCUUGGGUAAUAUCCAAGGCUGCCUCAAGAUCUUCCCAGUUUUCCGUCCGGAGCUGGCAGUGGAGCGGCGGGAGCACCGGGGGAAGGUGCAUAGUCUGAGCUGGGCCUCGCUGGACGGGCAAGGCCCGGACCAGUGCAACCUGUUCUCCUCUGGGCCCGAGGGGGAGAUGUUGUGGUGGGAGGUGAGCUGGGCCCAGGACAGGCUGAGCUGGGUGGGCAGAGGGCGUUUCCUCCUGCCCGCCUGCAAGCACCGGUGGCACACCUGUGCCGCCUUCGCGCCGGGCUUGCCCUACCUGGCGUGCGGCGACCGCCGGGGCUCGCUGCUGCUCUACUCGACCGACGAAGGCCCGGAGCCCGUCUCCGAGCUGCCGGGGCUGCACGGCAAGUCGGGGGUGACCUCGGUGCUGUUCCACGGCGGCUUGUUGCACAGCAGCGGGCGGGACGGCUUCUGCCGCCAACUGAGGGUGGAGGCUGGGCGGCUGGGCCUACUGCGGUGCCAGCGGGCCUGCGGCUGGGUGGAGCGCCUGCUGCCCUUGGAGCCCAGCGACCACGAUGGACCCCUCCUAGGCAUCGGGUUCCGAGCUGCCGACUUCGUGGCCUGGGGGCUGGAGUCGGAGCAGCGGCCCGUAUUACGAGUGCCCUGUGGCGGCGGGCACCGCUCCUGGUGCUUCAGCGGCUCGGUAUCCCCCGCCGGCCUCGGCCUCUUCGCCUACAUCAAGUCGGGCGGAGUCUACGCCUGCCAGUGGCGGGGGAGGAGGGAGGCCGGGGCGAUGGUGAAGGAGGGGGCGCACGGCCGGGACAUCACCAGUGUCAGGCUGCUGGGCAGGCUUGAGGCCUACACCAGCGUGCUGGCAACCGCCAGCGAGGACACCUCUGUCAACGUGCUGGCCCUCCACACGGCAUCGGGCCGGCUGACCAAGCUGGCCGACAUCUCCGACCACCUCUCCAGCGUCAGGGCCAUGGCCGUGGUCAGAGGCCCAGGCCCCUCGGCCUUGCUCUUCACCGCCGGAGGCCGGGCCCAGCUACGGUGCAGCCGCCUGCUCUUCGGGCCCGAGGACACCAACAGCGGCCUGAGGUGCCGGGUGGAGCAGUUGGGAUCCCACAGGCUGUCUGAGGAUUGGGAGCGGAGGAAGAACCGACACAGGAUGCUGAAGAUGGACCCAGAGACCAGGUACAUGUCCAUUGUGGUGGUGGACGGCGGGAUGGAUUCUGAAGGGAACCCUCACUCCUCAUGGCAUUACCUGGCGGCAGCUUGCAGUGACGGAGCCGUGAGACUCUUUAUCAUCGACGAGAGUGAGAAGAAAAUCCUGCUGCUUGCCGAGUCCUUCUACCACCAGCGGUGUGUGCUGAAGCUGCAAACGUUCACACACCAGCCGGCCUCCGGAAGCCAGGUGGUGUUCCUGUGCAGCGCUGCCACAGAUGGAAGGAUUGCACUUUGGAACAUCUCGGGGAUAAUUGAGACGGCCAAAGGUGCAGAUAUUCGCCAGGAGAGAACUCGCCAACCUUUGGAGCUGGGAACUCCCUGCCUGGUGUUUGUGGCCCAUCAGUGCGGCGUGAACGGGCUGGACGUCAGGUCCCUGGACGAUGGACGAUUCCUCCUGGCCAGCGGUGGUGAUGACAACGCUGUCCGUAUCUGGGUGAUCUGCAUUACUCCAUGGGCGGGGUCUGACGGCCCGCUGUCCCCCAGCUCGAGCGAACGGCAGGAGGAGGCGGGAAGCGGGAGCCGCGAAGAUCGAGGGGACGAGGCUGCCGAGGACUCGAGGGGCUGGAGUAAUCUGGGGGUGGUGGCCGACUGCUGGAGCUUGGACGGCGGACUUGCCCUGCGGGUGCUGAAGGGGCCCAGCGCGGAGAGCGCCCACGCAGCCCACGUGACCGGCCUGAGGUUCCUGAGCUCGCGGAUGCUGGUCUCUGCCUCCAUCGACCAGCGACUGAACCAUUGGGCCCUGAGCAGCCGCUGCCUGACACUGAUACACAGCAGGUGGUGCCAGGUGGCUGAUAUCGCCGAGCUCGAGAGCUGGGAGGGGCACCCCGCGGGCACACACCUCUUCGCCCUCUGUGGUGACGGCCUGCAAGUCCUGAAGAGCUGGCAAACGGGAACUGACGGCCCGGCCCCAGAGACAGACAGCACAGACGCCAGAGGUCCGAGAUAAAAUGCUUAAUGCUUAACAUGCAGCAGGUCGGGCAGAAUCUGCGGGGAAGGGAACAGAGCUGACAAUUCUGAAUGCUACAAGGCACUAGUGAUUAACCAGCGCCCCAAGUACCAAAAAAAAUACUGCUGAUGCUGGACAUCAGAAAUAAUGACAGAAGAUGCUGGAAAGUCUCAGCAGGUAAACCUAGGAGACAAAUGCAAGAGCUGCAAACAGGACGAUGGUAAUCAUCACAAUCGCGUGGGACGUGAUGUCGGCUGUGAGUAAGAAAUAUAAUGUCGAGGGUCCGCUGGUGAUUUUGAAGAAAAGAAUGCAAUCUCCCUGACUAGGCAGGAAAUUACCACAGGAAGAAAUGGAUCGAUGUUACCCACAAAAACUGGAGAGAGGCGUCUUGCCUUCCAUUGAUAAAAACAAAGCUACUGAUUUUGAUCCAGUCCCUUGGAAGAAACAACCGGUGAAACCACCUCCACGAUCAGCACCGGGUAAAAAGGUGGGCAGAGGGGACAUCACACCGUGGGUGGGGGAUUCGCCCCUGGACUCUCUGUUUGGUGCCAUUCCACAGUCACUGGAACUGCACCACACUCACGCUGGGUCUCGCUGCUGUCUGCUCUGCAGCGAUUCCAUUGAUCCCAAGGAAGAGAGCAAAAUUGGUGGAAGUGGGCAGGUAGGAAUGGGAAGCAGUGGUCCCAAGGAGGUCGAGGCACGGCUGACUCAGAGAAGUGGGAGGGAAGACCAGAGUCGCAGGAAGCCCUUCGGCAAAGUGCGGGCAGGUGGGAAGCUGCCUCCGGUCCAGAGCAUCUCCAACCUCAACUUCAGCCGCAACUUCACCUUCUCUUUCUUCCAGCUGCCUCCGCACCAACUGCAGCGUUACCAAGCUCGCAGCACCCACGUGAGAUGAAGUAUCUUCUCCACCAGUCCUACAUGCUGAACUGCAGCAAAGGAGUUCUGCUACAGCUACAAGGAAACAAGAUGCAAUGAUCAAUGAAUAACCAUCCACCCUUAAAUGAACAGACCCAAGAGGAAGGUAGUUGAAUGGGGUUUCCUGUGCUGCUUGAUCAGAAUUUCCAUCCACACGGUAAACAUUCUCUCCAUCACCAACACGGCUUGGUUGAACCAUCUAUAAAAUGCCUCACCCACAUUACUCCCACAGCAGCUGCCAAACCCAUGGCUUUUACCAUCAAGGACAAGGCUGGCAGGUGAUUGGGAAUUGCCACCUACUGGUUCCCCUCCAAGCUGAACACAAUCUUGAUUUGGAAAUAAGUUACUCUUCCUUCUGAUCUGAAAUGUCACAUCCAUGUCCUCCAGAGAUGCUGCCUGACUCGCUGAAUUACUCCAGCACUUUGUGUUCUACGCAAGAUUUCAGCUUCAGCAGCUCCUCAUGUCUCUCUGUUCCAUCAUCAUUGGGUUUAAGCCUUGGAAUUCUUUACCAAAAAACACUGUUGGUGAAAUGUUGUAGUUUGGGACAAUUUGUGUCUUGCCACUGUUGACCAUGCCCUGAAAACUGUAAUUAAGAUGUGAUAUAUAGUAAAGAGGGCAGAUCUCUGGUGGCUGAGGUUUAAAAUUCAAUUCUGAGACUUGAACACAUAGCUUCCGCUCAUAAGUGUAGUACUAAAUGAGCACUAUUUAUAGAUGAAAUGUUCAACUGAUUUUCCAUCCUCUUUCUUGAAUGAACACCAAGGAGUCUGUCCUGGUACCUUGCUUAUAUUUAAUCCUUAUUCAUUAUUUUAGAAUUAAAUGCAAGUCACGAAACCAAGGUGAACUGAGUGGUGUCCAUUCAAGAAAGAGAAUGAGGAAUCAUCAUCUGGCCUUGUUGUGAUGCAGUUUGUGAGAGAAUUGCUGUUCGCAAAUUCGAUGCCACGAUUUCUACAUUAUCAGCUAUGCCCAUCUUUCCAAAGCACUUAAUGUAAUAAAAAUGAACUGCAGAUGCUAAUGUAUACCAAAGAUAGAGACAGAAUGCUGGACUCACUUAGUGGAUCAGGCAGCAUCUCUGGAGAUGUUUUGGGUGAGGACCCUUCUUCAGUCUGAAGAAGGGUUCCGACCCGAAAAGUCACAUUCCUUUCCUCCAGAGAUGCUGCCUGAUCCGCUGAGUUACUCCAGCAUUUUGUGUCUACUUUUCCAAAGCACUUCAAUCGGCAGAAAAGUGUUUUGUGACACCCAAGGCUGUGAAAGCUGCCAUGAGAACUGUGCAAAUCUUUUUCCUGCUUGCCUGAAACCGAAGCAUAAAUUUUAAAGGCAUUUAAUGUGGCACUAAAAUAUUAAAGCCCUUACCCCAGGGUAACAUUCAAUGACUUGUCUUGUUUAAAGCAAAAAGUAAUAGGAUAGCUUCAUUCAUAUUUCAAAGAAUUGUAGGUGAAUUGUAGAAAGAUUGUUGAAUGGUUUGCAGUAACAUUUCAUUUUAAUUAAAAAUGUCCUAAACCAU